GAGCGUUUGUGAUUCACACCACGGGGGAAAUAGAACAGCCUUUUACGCACGGUGCGCGCGGAGAGGCUGUGGACGAGCGCACGAGGGCUUACCAGUCGUCGAAGGAAAAAAGAGUUACGCAGGCAACAGAGAGCUGUGAGGCGUCUGAGUGGGCAUGUGGCUCCUGGAGAAGCUACGCAGCUCCGUAGAGAGCAGUGGGACACAAUCCCAGCCUCCGCAGACAGUGGAGGCCAUUCCUGUUUCUGUUUACGCCAACGUCCUCACUCCAGAAAAGAUUCCUGAUUUCUUCAUCCCACCCAAACUCAUCUGCUGCCCACCGGAGGACUCCCUCCCUCCGGAGCCUCAGCCCUGCUCCACCCUGCGACCAUCCUCCUCUGACAACACCAUCUGCAGCCAGAGCCCCAGGGCCCGCAGCAGCAGGAGCCCCUGCAGCCCUGGCCUCUUCUCCCGCAGUCUGCAGAAGUCAGCCAACCGGCACAUCAUCCAGAUAGAGAGCGCAGACGAGCCGGGGGCUACGGAUAGACUCAGAGCUGAAGUGAACACAAACGCGGACCCCCAGUCUCAGACUGCCAUGUCUCUGCCCUACGUUCCUAAAGCUCAGACCUCCUACGGCUUCUCUACACUGGUGGAGUCUCCUCACACUCGACGCAAGGAGAGCCUGUUCCACAGUGACCCCAACAGCCCUCUAACCUCGCCUAAUUCCCAGAGGCGCUCACAAGGGGGGACUCUGCUAGCCCCUGCGGACCCCAACCCUUACCGCUACUUCAGUGGUGGAGAGAGUGACACCUGCUCCUCGGCAGAGUCUUCCCCCUUUAACUCCCCCCUGCUGUCCCGCUCAGCAUCUCUGCUUCGCUCCAUUAAACAGGAGACACAAGCUAAGGUUUCUCGUGCAAAGCGUUCCCUGGCACGCCACAGUUCCCUCUCCACUGAUGACUGCAGCUCAGCAGACAACAGCCCCAACAUGCAGCGCCGCCGCAUGCGCUGCCCGCCUUCCCCAGCCUUCCGUGGAUGUAAAAGCAGCGGGUCGAGAAGCACGGCUUCAGACCUCCUGCAGCGGGAGCACACUGUCAACCUCCACAAGGGGGGGACGCUGAGGCUGAGCACUCACUACGACAAAGAGGCGGCCCGACUGAGGGUGCGCGUGCUUGCCGCCGAGGCCCUUUAUGACAGGCAGACGGACCCUAAAAGCAUCAACUGCUGUGUGGCGCUCUACCUGAACCCUGGGAAGCAGCAGAAACAGAGGAGCACCAUCAUCAAGAACAGCAGGAAUCCUGUGUUCAAUGAGGACUUUUUUUUCGACGCGCUGCCUCAGGCGCAGGUAAAGAGUCUGGCCAUGAAGAUAAAGGUGGUGAACAAAGGCACCAGUCUGAGGAGAGACGUGCUGCUGGGAGAGAGGGAGGUGCUGCUCAGCGAGCUGCUCGCAGACCUCUAGGGAGAAGCUGUCAAGUUGGAAACGAGCAGCAUGACGGCCCUUUCUUCUCCAGCUACCUUUUUAUCCCUCUCCACAGAUCUGGUAAAUGCGGGGCAGAAAAAGGAGCUAUAACUUUCACACUGUGUUCUCAACAUCAAUGGACAAAAGCACAAACAAAAAAACAAAACCCUUCAGUUACUCCACCAAGUUGCUUCAGUAGCUUUUCACCACCAGAUUAAACUAAAAAUAAACUUUAACUUCACAUGUGGAUGAUGGAUCUCCUGUCCUUGUUUGUGUUUCCUCUUCAAGUAUUGAGUCACAAAACGUGUUGCCUUCUCUGACGAGCAUUGUGCCGUGGCUCAGUGGCAUAUCAUGUGAUGCAAUUAUAACCUUGUUCAAGUUACAGAUGUAUUUUUUGUAUUGUUGCAGUUAAAUUAAAUGUGAGAUUUUGCACGUUUCUGUGAGAAAUUAUAUGUAUUUAAAGGAGUCUAUAUUUGAAAAUCAGAUUUCCAUGCUAGUGGAUGUACUGUUGAAAUGACUGUUCAGUAUGUGUGUAAAAUGCCUUUGGUUAACUUAAGAAUAAAAAUGCUAGA